AUGUUUUAUACAAUCUAUUUAUUUUAUUCUAUUCUUUUACAUUGGACCAUUGCUACGCCUCAUAUUAACCUCUAUUAUACAGACAAGAUAAUUGAACAUGAUGAUGAUGUAUUACAACAUAAUUGUAUAUAUAUUCCUCUGUUUUGGCAACCACGAGAUGGAGAUCAUGAAGCAAUCUCUUAUUGUAUGAAUGAAUUACCAUCAAAAUUUAAUAUUCUGGAAGAUGAUUUCUUACCAAAGUUUACGUUUGCUGAACUAUCCAGAGAGAAUAUAACCAGUCAACAACUAUAUCUUUGGUCAGCACCUAUAGAUGUUGUUGAACAUUAUGAAUUCUAUUUGAAUCAAUCAUUAACAUCACCUGAUCAUACAUUAGCAAAAGAAAUCUUCUAUAAUUGUACAUUGCCUAGAUUUGGUCCGAUGUGCCAGUACGAAUUACCUUAUGAUAAGCUAGACUCCGUAUCGUUACAUGAAUUCAACCUAUAUCUUGGUGGAUUUCAUAAUCGUGAUUCAACUAAUUUAACCUGUUAUAUUUAUAUACCAUGUGAUCGUGGCCCGUUUCCAUCUUGUUUAGAUUGGACUGAAGUUUGCGAUGGAAAAUUCGAUUGUCUCAAUGGAAACUUUGAUGAAGAAUAUUGUUCGCAAUCGGAAAUUACUGAAUAUAAAGAUAAUGAAUUUCGAGUAGAUGCAGAACAAAGUGUAUCACAAUCAUUGUAUUCACAGGAUUACUCUAGUACUGAAAAUCUUUUCGAUUCUGUUAGCGACUAUACUGAAUGGUCUCGCAAAUAUGAUGGAUGUAUUGGAAAUGAACCGUCAUUGAAAUGUGAAGAUUACAUAUGUAAAAAUAUACCAUUAACAAGUUCCUGUUCGACACAACGUCAGAAACGAUUACUAGAAGCAAUAUUUUCCAUCAAAAAUCAAAAUGUAUCUGAUCAUUGUUGGUCAGCAUUCAAAUGUAUUAUUAUAUCGAAUGGUUUGAUCUCAAUUUGUAAUGAUUUUUGUAACGGUGAAGAUUGUAUUAAAAUCAUUGAAAAUGAAUGUCCAGAUAUGUUUUAUUUUCCUGCUGUUCCAGUUCUCUUUGGUCACAUUUAUCUGGCUUAUGAAAAAAAAUGA